AUGACGUCUGAAACGGCCGAGCCUUCGACCCCAACCGCGAACUCUACGAAUUCAGAUCCCCAGACGAUCCAGUCCCCCGCCAAGAUGUCCGCCCCGGGCUCGGAGGCCGGUGACGCCGACGCCAAGUCGAAAUCACAGCCCAGUCAAGUCCGCUUUUCCUCCGUCACGCAGGAGAUUGAACCCUCUCGGGCGGCGCUGUCACCUGAACCGGAACAUCCCCAGCAGCCGGAACCACGCAAGCUGAUCACCGACGACGAGGAAUUGCGGUCGCUGGCCAUGAGCUUGCAGAGUUCACAACUUCAAGAGUCCCGUCUACGCAGUAAUUUCUCGUUCGAGCCAAUGUCUCUUCCGUCAUCUAGGGUUGCCUCCCGAGAGUCUAGUGAUCGUAGUGCUCUGGGCACGGGAUCCUUUGCGGCAUCCCCUCACGCCUCCCCUCCCGUCUCUGCCGUUCAAUCCCCUCCUCUGACCCCCGCCGGGACCAACUCUCGUGAAGGACGUUCGAGCGAUAGCAUAGCAGCCCUCAAUGCAGUGGGUCGAACCAAUCCCCAGGCAUCCGCUAUCACCCCCGAAACUUCGCCCCCUGUCACAUCCGGCGACAAGAAUGGCUCUCAGCGAAGUGCCCCAUCCUCUCGACCUUCCUCGACCGACCAGCUUUCCAUGAACCACAGUGAGACGUCGGAGCCCACUUCACAGCCUACCCAGGUCCAAAUUCCAAGACAUCGAGCUCAAUUCUUCAUCGGAACCGACGCUAGCUCCCAAGAGGAGAGCCCACCCCCGACCCCGAGAGACCUGACACCCCCCGGGGCUAUCACCCCAGUGGGCGAACCUAAUGACCCUUAUGCCCGCAGUAAACGACCUCCUCAAACCAAGAAUCUGGCCCAGCUGGAUGCUCGGUUCAUCUUCGGAAGCCGAGAUUCAAAGCGUUCCUUUCGCCCCGGGACCCCGCGAUCUGCCAGCGCGAGCGAUGUCACCAAACCUAUCGAGAAGCGCGGAACCUUUCACAAAAAGGAUUCACAUGACCAAAAAGGCAGUCAUGGGCAUCAUCAUCACCAUGGCUCCAUGUCCGAGCUGAAGCGAUUCUUCAAGAUGGGUCAUCGUAGCAAACGACCAGAUUCCCCGACCUCGGCUCCUAAACGCUCCAGCCGAUCCUCCGGAAAGAGCACUCCCUAUCAGAUGGCCCCCGAUAAUGUACCCUUUGCCGAUGAUCAUGGAUUGAACUCGAAAUAUGGCAAGCUAGGCCGGGUCCUCGGGUCGGGCGCCGGAGGUUCGGUUCGACUGCUGAAGCGGAACAGUGAUGGUGUCACUUUUGCGGUCAAGCAAUUCCGGGAUCGGCAUAGCUGGGAAAGCUUGAAGGAAUACUCCAAGAAAGUGACCGCAGAAUUUUGUAUCGGAUCUACCUUGCAUCACGGUAAUAUCAUUGAGACACUUGAUAUCAUUCAAGAAGGGCCUCAUUGGUAUGAAGUGAUGGAAUACGCGCCUUUCGACUUGUUCGCCAUUGUCAUGACUGGUAAGAUGACCAAGGAAGAGAUUGCUUGCUCGUUUAAGCAAAUUCUCAGCGGUGUCGCAUACCUCCACGGCAUGGGAUUGGCCCAUCGGGAUCUGAAGCUGGACAAUGUCGUGGUUAAUAACCGCGGCAUUAUGAAGCUGAUUGACUUCGGAAGUGCAGUGGUCUUCCGAUACCCAUUUGAGAAUGAUAUCGUCCCGGCCUCUGGCAUUGUUGGAUCGGAUCCCUAUCUAGCUCCUGAGGUAUAUGAUGAAAAGAAAUAUGACCCCCGUCCCACGGAUGUUUGGUCGCUGGCGAUCAUCUUCUGCUGCAUGACCUUGCGCCGCUUUCCGUGGAAGCAGCCGCGGACUACGGACAACUCCUACCGGUUGUUCGUUUCCACCCCUACUCCCGGUACUCCGGUGCCCGAUGCCGACCCCAGGCGUCAACCCAAAGCCAAGUCGAGCCCGGAUCUCCCCUCUGCUGCACAUGAACAAAAACAAGCUCCGCCUACAAGUGCGCCCAGCAACCCUCCAUCCCCUACGAAAGCCAGCGCGCCGCCUCCACCUGCUCCCGAGCAGAAUGGAACGAAGCCAGAGCCUGCGAAGGAUUCCGAGAAGUCCUCGGAUGGUGCUAAGAAGCAGACCAGCCCGACCAGUCCCACCAAUGAAAAAACCACCCGCACGACCAGCAAAGAGGCCCCGCCGCUCCCGGCCUCUGCACAGCAAUCGAGCCAGCGCCAAGAAGUUAUCAAGGGUCCCUGGCGACUUCUCCGCAUCUUGCCGCGGGAAAGCCGGUACAUCAUCGGUCGGAUGCUGAAGGUCAAUCCUCUAGAACGUGCGACCCUCGACGAGGUUCUGUCGGACGAGUGGGUGCGCAAUAUCCUCACUUGUCGACAGGAGGAUUCCGGAGACGUCAUCAGCGCCUCUAACCAUACUCACGUCCUUGAGCCUCCCUCGCAAAGCCCUGCCGUGGCCAGCAAAGGCGCCAAGGCCAAAUAA